AUGAAUGAAGAUUCUAGCGUAUUGACGCCCUAUAUCAAGAAGCUCAUUGAGCACCCACCCACAUUGACACCUGAAGAUCUAUCUAAAGUACUUCACUUGGUUUUUGAAGGGCAGGCGUCUGAAAUUCAAAUUGCUGCAUUUUUGACGGCGUUGAGAGGAAAAGGCUUGGAUCAUGAAUCCGAAUAUAUAGCGGCUGCCACCAACACGGUGAUGAAAUUCUCACAUCCAAUUGCGGCAAAAGAUGUUCCAGUUGACGGUUACGUCGACGUGGUGGGUACCGGAGGCGAUGGUCAAAACACCUUCAAUGUUUCUACUGCUUCUUCAAUAGUAGCUGCUGGAAUGGGCAUACCUGUUUGCAAACACGGCGGGAAGGCUUCGACAUCAUCAUCAGGGUCAGGUGACUUGCUCAAGAGCCUCGGGGUGGACCUUUUGAAGGCCAACAAACAUACCGCCGUGAAAGUGUUGCUGGACUCCAAAUACACCUUUCUCUUUGCACCAGCAUUUCACGAGGUGAUGGCCAAGGUGGCCCUGGUGAGGAAGAAGUUGGGUGUGCCCACGAUUUUCAAUAUCUUGGGUCCGUUGAUGAACCCAGCUCCCUUAUCGUCUCGGAUUUUGGGGGUUUAUAAGAAACCUUUGGGAGAACAGUACGCUAAAAGCGUGUUACAGUUGACAGCCAAUGAUCCAGUCCACAAAAAGUCGAUGGUUGUGUACGGACACAUUGGCUUGGAUGAAAUCUCGCCGGUUGGCAUCACCAGCUGCUGGAUUGUGGAAAAUGGCCAAAUUACUUACAAAGAGAUAUCUCCUAAGGACUUUGAUUUGCCGGAAGCUGCCUUGGACUUGGUGAAGUCCGGUACGCCUGAGGAGAAUGCCGUUGUGUUGAUGCACAUCUUGAAGCAGGACUCACCUGAGUUCAAAGUGCAUUCUGACAAUAAGGAUAACCACCCGGUUUUGAACUAUAUAUUGAUGAAUAGUGCUGCUUUAGCCGUGGUCUACGGGUUGACCGAUUCCUACGUCGAAGGGGUCAAACUAGCGAAGAAUUCCAUCACGUCGGGAACCGCUCUUGGUGCAUUGGAAUCGUUCAAAGACACAUUGAACCAGUUGUAG